GUGUAUGUCUAUCAACAUAGACUGGUUCCAAGCUCAAUCCAGUUGUGCAGCGGAAAAUCGAACGCUUACUACAAAUAGGGCUUUGUCUAGCAGGAGUUAUUGGACGGCACGUUAUCAAAGGAUAUCACAUUGGAUAAAAAUAAUUGGUUGUUUCCAUGAAACAGAUGUUAAGCAACAUGCAGCUGUCAGAGCUACGCUUGAAAACAGUAGUGCUGGGUAUUGUCAAGAAAUAUGCAUGGAAUCUAAUAUGUCUAUAUUUGCAAUAAAGAAUAUUACAUGUCUUUGCUUAAGAAAACUGGUAACAGGAAGUGAUAAAAAUGCAAGCAAAUGUAAUUUUACAUGUCCUAACAACAUCGAUGGUAAAUUUACGAAAGAAUGUGGCGGUGAGACAGCAUUUAAUGUAUUUGAGUCCAAAAAAGCCUUCAGCUGUUCUAAAUAUCUUACACCAGGUGACUGUGUAGCCAUAGAGUGUAUUAAUGCGGAAUCCAGUUAUUUCUGUCCUAAUUGCACAAUGGUUUUUACUGGACUAUGUCAGGCAGAAGAUUUCUCCAGUGUGAUUAAAGACACAUUAACGUAUCAUGAUUGGGAAAAUACUAUGGAAACAUGUAAGGAAGAUCAUUUCGGAUACCUGCUCGGAAACCUACUACUGUCAAAUGCAUCAAGUACCUGCAAUCGGAUAAAUAACAUUAAAGGUGGACUUAGGUGGAUCGGGGUUGCAAAACAAAAGUAUCAGGGAAUCGAUCGAGGUAACAGAAUUGAUACUGAAGAAAAAGUAAACUUCAUCAAAUGUGAGAAGUGUCAAAGUUAUGGAUGUUCUUUCGUCAAUUGCAAUCAUGAAACCCAGAGUAUUUUUUGUUCAGAUAAAAACUUUUCAACAUAUCCUCCUCCUUCCAUGACAACAAAAAGUGUGACAGCUACAGAAACAACAAAACCAACAGCAGAAGUAACAGCAACAACAAGGAUGACAACUAGAACUCAAUUUACACAUUCAUCGCCGACAAUAACAGUAACGGACACAACAGGAAGAGUCGAUUUACUUAAAAAUAGCACCUUAAACCUUUUACAAAUGAAAACCGGAGUACCAGAAAUAUCAGCUAUUGUUGUACCCAUUAUUAUCAUCCUUUUGGGCAUUAGUUUUGGUGGAACAGGAUUCAUUUUAUGGAGACAAAGGAAGGCCACAAGAGUAAAUAGACCCGAGAAUCCACCAAUUUAUCUAACUGCAAAUCAGAUUGAAAAUGAACACGUCUAUAAUGAAGGGGGCAACAUUAGCAACCGCGGUGAUCUUAAUCUUGAACCUAAAUCUUACUAUGAAGAAAUCGGUAAUGGAGUUCAAAAGGCAGAGAAUCCAUAUACAGAACUCAAGGAGAGAGAAUAUGAUAACCUGGAAAUUGACAACUGCAGAAGGUUUGAAACUUAACUGGUACGGAGCACAACGUCGAUGCAGGGAAAUAGGAAGCCGUUUGUUGUAUAAACAUCAAGCAAGGAACUUCCACUGGACACCCUAUUAUAAAAGACUGUCUUUGUGGAUAGGGACGUUAGGUUGCUACCAAGAUUCUGCCAUCAACACUUCUAUAUCCAUUGAAAUGAGAAUUCCUUCUAUUGGAAUGUGUCAGGAACUAUGUUUGGAAAAAGAAAAAAUGUUCUUUGCUGUAAAGAAUUACACUUGUGUAUGCAUUCAAAAAGAGAUACUGCACGGGGUACAUUCCCAUAAUCCAAAAAAGUGUUUCUACAGCUGCAGUACUUAUACAGAUAGGAAGACACUGUAUGAGUGCGGGGGACCAUAUGCAUACAACAUUUAUUUUUCAGUCAAAACGUUUGAAAAAAGCACAGAAAAGAAGGUUGCAAUGUGCAUGGCUCUACAGUGUAGUGAUUCUAAAUAUCUAAGUAGAAAUUGCAGUAUUUCACUCCAAAGUCUUUGCAAGAAUGAAAGUAAGUGUAUGUUUUAGAUUACCUGGAACACUCGGGUGACCUAUUGCCACCUGUUUUCUUCCUUGUGCGUCGUCCGCGUAAACAUUUGUGCAUUUGUUGCUUCUUCUCCGUAACUGCCGAACCCAUUUUAUUGGAGCUCUAGAAACUUCUGAACUUGUUAUUUAUUACUUAUAUAUACAUGUAACUUGAGACAAACAAUUGAAUUACUAUGUUUUGAAAGUUAAAUUAUUUCACUAACUGUUCGUCGCAGAUUUUGAAAAAAUACGCAAGGUUUAAAUCAGCUUAA